AUGCAAACCGUGCGUCGUUCGAAAAUACUGGACUCGGCAUCAGCAGCUGGCAUAGGUCUAUGGCGCGAACAAGGACGUUCCCACUUUGCAAACUACGAAGCACGUAUCGCCGCCCUCGCCACUCAGUUCCAAGGUUACGAGACUCUGAGUCUGAAAAGCUGCGAAAGUUGUGGCAAACGCGAUAACAUCCACGACUUCUGCAUCGAUGACGAGUUAGACGCAAUCCUUAUGGCACUAGGCUCGAGAAACUUUGGCAGAGUGCAGUUUAUAGGUGGAACGCAGAACGCUUAUGAUAUAGCGGCAUUCCGAUCGGACAUAUCUUCAGUCGCCAUUUCGCAAUCGAGGACUCUGGUUGCGACUUCGUACGACAGAGCGCAUCCAGGCAAUGUGUUUGUGGCGGGAAUGGCGGGAAGUAUUGACAUGGAAGGAGCACCNCCUAUCCUCGAUUCACCAGCACCAAGCUACUCGAUGCUCGGGAGUGCAGAAACAGCACUCUGGACAGCGAGUCCAUCUCCUGCAGGAUCGGCUCGGGAUGUGAUCGCAAUCGGCAGCUCGGAAGGUGUGUACAUGCUCAGCUCAAGCGGAGAUCCGCUCCAACACCAUCCGCUCAGAGAAGACGUGCGCUCGAUUGAUUGGCUAGUCCCGAAUGUGGCUGUCGGAGGUACAAAAAAAGGUCGAGUAUACCUGUGGGACGCAAGAGCACAAGGUGCUUCGCUACGUUUCAAGCACACCAGCGGCGUGACUGGUGUUCGCAGUCUAGGCGAUGGCUCACGAGUACUGGUUUCUGGCUUCAAAGGCACAUCUAUCUACGACACACGUAUGACAUCCAAGCCUAGAGGUCCAGAUUCUUCUUCAUCAGCUCUACUGCGUCUUGCGCCCACAAAAACAGAACAACCUAGUGUGGCAAUGGAUCUUCUGGCAGAUGCGCAAUUAUUGGCAACAGCUGAUGAUGACAAUGUAAUUCAACUGCACUCGCUGUGUAGCGGCAAGUUGAUGGGAAGUCUUGGUGGAGCCAAUCCGCGCAAUGAGAAGGGAAGGAUUCACAGGCUACGUUUCAUCCAAACGCCUGACGGUAGGCCAACACUCAUGGCGUGUCAAGGGUCACGGCUAUUCGAGUGGUCCUGGGGAGGUGCUCUGGACGAUGAGGGAUGA